GCGUGACUAACACCAUUUGUAACAUUUCCUAUAAUUUCACUACCUUUUAAAAUCACGUGGUGGAAAUGAUAGUAGCUUAUUGUCACUAUUCUAUUGUUUGUAUUUCAAAUGUUUGUCAACUUAAACAAUGUGUGUAAUUCAAUUUUGUCUCAUUUCACAGAUGUGCCGUCAACUUGUUUUUGGGACAAGCGACUGAGCUCAAUUUGCCACUAGAAUUUGAGGACUUGAACAAUACUGAUGCUCAAAAACUUUCUUGAAUUAAUAUUCACAAUUUACCCAAAAAGAAUGGAAUUAAUGAGCCUACACAACUACUUACAGAUAUUGUUUCGCUAGAAGUUGAAAAUAUAUAAGCGAAGAAGACUAUUGUUUUCGCACAGUUAUGCAGUGACGAUGGCCUCCGAAAGACGCGACGUAUUAAAAACACGAAGAAGAAUAGAGAGAAACAUAUUAAAAAUAUCAAUAUUUUUAAUAUUAUUAGUGAACGUGAAAGCCAGUAGUGAAAAUGAAACAAAUGAUGACACAUCGAAGCCGAACGAUAUAGUAUCUCGACUGAGAAACAUAGGAAAAUCCUUAGGUAGAUCCUUUUUUAGUGAUGUGUACCAAAAUGGGACUUUUAGGACUGGUAAUGAUUUGUGGGACGAUAUUUUGAAUAAGUGCACGAAAAACCCUUCAGUGAGUUGUUUGCAGAAAAAUGUGUAUAGUUAUAUAGAUGACAAUUUGAAAUAUGACGGUGAUGUGAACUUGGGCAGUGGUGUGUGCUUUAAGAAGAAUAACGUGGACGUGCAUAAGUAUAGUAAGGAGGCGAACGUGAUCUACCAGACGGGGAGCAAGGAUGCGGGGGAGGCGAGAGCGGCGGAGGAAGAGAAUGAGAUCAACGAUGAGGAAGAGUCUGCCAGUCCAUUCGAAGAAGUCACGGACGCGCUAUACGAUAAAGGAAUCAACUUCCUGGUCACUCACGACAUGAAACUGACACUACCAGAAACGUUAUUCGAUGGGGCAUCAGUCAGGAUAUCGCCACGGGCCUUGACGAGAACUGGGGCGCUGGUGCAUAUAGAUCUGGAGCCAAGACAGACUCAGGGGGAAGGGAGGCUGUUUUUCAAUAAGAUAAAGAAGCAAAUAAAGAAGAAACUGAUAACAGCAGCGAUCGCGAUAGUACUGGUCAUUAAGCUGAUAGCGCUAAAGCUGGUAUUCGUCCUCCCCCUCAUCAUGGGCGUGACGACAGCGAAGAAGAUCUUCCUGAAGCUUCUGCUAUUCGUCUUCCCUGCUCUGAGCCAUAUCUUCAAGCUGUGCUCGUGGUACCACAAUAAUUAUCAUACGACGAAGUACCACCACCACCAUCAUUUGAUUACGCACCACCAUAAGAACCCCCACGCCCCCUACCACGCGCCGUCCCACGGCCCCCACGGUUCCACCGUCGUGGUGCGACCCCACGCUGCCGGCCCACCGAACUCGCACGAUCUCCACCAUCCUGGUGGUCACGAUGGAUCGCCAGCGUUUGAACACUAUCCUCAGGAUUGGGAGCUGUCUGGACCUGGACUUGGAAGCGAAUACCUAGCAGCAGACAUACAUCGAAACGCGAUAGCAAACUUCAAACCUCAUCCAAAUGACAUGAACGACAUUAAAGCUUGGGGAUUGGGCCUACCACCAGGGUCAUCAGGCAACGUGGGUGAAUAUGCAGCUGGCACUAACCCGGCAGUUGUAGCCGCUCCUCCGAACGGUCAAAGGAUAUCACUUGCUGGAAGACCGGUGGGACCGCCAGGAUAUCGAAAUAAAAAGCCAACAACCAAAGAUCCUUUGCAAGCGGAAAAAGAAGCAUUGAUCCGAGCGGCGGCGCUAGCGGCGCGCGCUCCGCCGUCCCCCGUGCGCGACGAGCUGUUGCGCGUGUCGCACGCGAAGCUGUCAGAAAACAACCGUGUGAAGACUGAGACGCAGCUAGUAAAGCAACAGCAGGAAAUACUCGCUGCUCAGGAUCCUGACACGAUAGCAGCAGAGCGGUUCUACGGGCAACUCCUUGACAAAGUGGACCAUAUCCUUAGUCCACUCGGGGCCAGUGAUACAGGGUGUAAAGAGAGGGCUGUCUGCGCGUUAUACAGGGAGCCCUUCAAACACGCGCCUUACAGCAAUCUAGUCUCCAACGAAUUGAGCAAGGAUUCCAACGAGCUCGUACCAGCAGCGGACAGCAAAUUCGCCAUCCAAUAUUAUCGCUACGUGCAAGCCGCCCGGGACGGGCAGGAACAGAAGGAGUGCACCCUCAUCUACCCUGACUGCCAUAUCGACUACAACAAGUAGCCAC